AUGGUCGGCUUGGGCUCCAAGGGCAACUGGGGGGCCUCCAGCGUCACCGAAGAUGCCAUCCUGGAGCUGAAAAGCGCCAGUUACUUACCGGCCAACGUCACUCAUCGCGUCCCGGAGGAGGGCCAAGUCGUCCCCACGCCAAGACCGGGCGAGCGGGUGAUGUUCCUUACCCACUUCAUCCAGGGACUAGAUCUCAUUCCCCUCGUCUCCCACAUCGCCGCCGCCAUCCACCCCGAUCCCAUCCCUCCCUUCAUCUUCCUCCCAAACCUUGCCACCGCCGGCCUCUCCCCCUCCUCUCCGCUUCCCUCCCACCUCGUCCCCAUCUCUCUCCCACACGACGUUGAGAGAUUAGGAGCAAAAACAAAAUCCCCCAAGCCCAACCCACUGCCUCUGCCCUCUUCCUCGAUCCCGUGGCCGCCGCCGCCCUCGUCUCCACCGACGCCGGGCUUCCCCGCCAGCGACCUCGCUGCUCUUCUCCCGCACCGCUGCCGCCCACCCUCUCGCCCUUCCCCACCUUCUCUCUCUUCCCUUGGCUGUUGCGCGACUGUGGAGCAAAAUCCGCGACGUACCACCACUGGCUCGUCGUCAACUGCUCGCGCAGCCCAUCCUCUCCCCCAUCCCGCUUCCUCCGAGCCCGCGCCUCACUCUUCUCUGCUGAUCUGUGCAGGUCUCCGUCGCCUACAACGAGAGGGACGUGGCGCUGUACGUGCUCGGCGUGGGGUCCUGCGGCGCGGACGCCGUCGACGAGAAGGAGCUCCACCUCGUGCACCACAGGGACGACCAGCGCCACGUCAAGAUCCCCCCUCGCCCCUGGGCAUCCACCGCCUCGACGACGCUCCGCACAUGUUCCAACUCGGCUACAACCUCCUCUACCUCGUACAGCGGCCAUGGUUGUCUACGGCAUCAAGUACAGCCUCCUCUCCGAUGAGCCCAUCUCCUACCACUAGCUCCCUCUUUUGUUCUGCUGUAGAAGUACCUUGCUCUGUUCCAAUGCAUCAUAUUUUUUUCAUAAAAUGCUCUAGUGAACUAGAUUCUUACAUAAGUUGGCUACUUUUCCUCAAGUUAUUUGUGCAUUUGUAAACAUAUUUGAACUUUUCUAGUUCUUGAAUGUAUCAAUGCAUAAAUGUUUUAUACAGAUAGUUUUGGAAUGUGUUUUUUUGUUAGCUUAUGUCGUGCAUCACAAAUGGUAUCAAGUUCCAGUUUUAGUUUUGUUGUUAACCUCUACAAUCCAUGUCAGCAUAUAAUAAGUAUAUGAAUGAAUCCGUUGAGUAUCUGAAACUAGAUGUUUUGUUGCUCAUAGUAACUAAAAAGAGCGGUCAGUUUCUCAUCACACACUGUUAUUAUCACUUCAUGGCUUGAUCUGUUGUGUUAGGCUGUUGUAGGUGCUGAACUGUGAUCAUGUUUUAUGGCCCACAUGCAUGCUACGUGUUGGCUGACUUGGCAUGACCUGCACGAAAACUUCAUGGCAUUCAUACCGAAUAGCACUUCUUAAUUUUCAUGCAGACUUGCUCUAGCUCUUCUUAAUUUUCAUGCAUGUUUCUUUCCGGACUUAAUCUUACUAAAUAGCACCCCAUCACUUGCUGUUGUUGUUAUUCACUAUAUCCUCACUGUUUUGUUUUCUUGUUGGCAAAUAUUUUGCCUAAAUUCAAUACUAAAUAAGAUGUUCAAAGAAGCGCCAAGACAUUUUUGUAUAGCAAGUUAUGUAAUAAUAGCUGGGUUAUCUGGGCAUUGUGAACUCCAGAAUUUCAUGUAUCUUCUCUCUGUUUUUGAAUGAAAUGUUGUAUGUUUUCGAAUUACAUUUUUGUUUCAUAUGAAAUAGUAAUUAUGUAUGUGAUUUGAAAAUGUGUGCAAUGGAAACAUGACUCAUGUGACCCAUUUAUAAAAAUAUUUUGAGUGCAUUUGAAAUUUCUGACGUGUGGGACCAGUGUAUGAGAUUAUGAUAAUCGGGACCAAUCUCACUAGUGGGGCCAGCACCAAAAUAAAAUGGUGAAAAA